AUGUCGAAGCCGGUCUCGCGAGACGGCCCUGGCGCCGUCGACCCGGAAAAGGGCCACGAGGAGAGGAUCGACAAGAUCUCCGACAAGUCGAGCACCGACAGCAACCAAUUCGUCACCGAUGAAGAUUCCCUUCCCGAGGGCUACUUCAAGAGCCGAUUCUUCAUCGGUACCAUGUUGGGCAUUGGUCUCGGUCUCAUGGCAGGUGUUGCUGGCUUUGGUUUUGCUGCCCCUAUUCUCGGCAUCAUCAAUGCGGAUAUUGGUCCGGACCCCAACAUCGUCUGGGUCGCCCUCGUCUACACCCUUACCAGUGCCGUCACUCUCACAAUCAUCGGCCGCCUCAGUGACAUCUUCGGACGCCGAUGGAUUUUCGUUGGUGGUGCCGCCCUCGGUGUCCUCGGCUGCAUCAUCUGCUCCGUCGCCACCAACGUUCCCAUGCUCAUCGGCGGUAUGACCAUCAUCGGUGUCGCCGCCGCCACCCAGCUGUCCUACUUCUACGUCAUGGGCGAGCUGGUGCCCAUGAAGUACCGCCUCGCCGGUAACGGCUUCUGCUACCUGUUCUGCAUCCCCGGGUCGGGCAUCGCGCCCAUCCUCGCGCAGGCCUUCCUGCAGAACCACCCCAACGUCGGCUGGCGCGGGCUCUUCUACCUCAACACGGCCAUCAACGCGGCCAGUCUCUUCUGCUGGUUCUUCUUCUACCACCCGCCCACCUUCGAGAUGAAGCACGGCGGCGGCGCCAAGUUCUGGGACUACAUGCGCCGCUUCGACUACGUCGGCACCGCCUUCUACACCGGCGGUCUCCUCAUCUUCAUGAUGGGCCUCAACUGGGGCGGCGGCGUCUACGCCUGGGACUCGGCCAACGUCAUCGCCACCAUCGUCGUCGGCUUCGUCGCCCUCGUCGUCUUCGUCCUCUGGGAGUGCUACGCCAGGCUGUCCGAGCCGCUCGUGCGCAUGCGCUACUUCCGCCACCUGCCCUGGGUCGCCUCCACCGUGCUGACGGGUCUCGGCGCCAGCGUCUACUACGCCUUCGCCAUCGUGUGGCCCAGCAUGGUGGCCGUCAUGUACACCACCGAGGGCCACUCGACCUUCUACACCGCCUGGCUCGCCUCCAUCGUCUCGCUCUUCAUGGUCGCCGGCCAGAUCGUCGGCGGCUUCCUCGGCAAGCUGAUCGGCUACCUCAAGUGGCAGUGCGUCGUGACCUUCACCAUCGGCGGCAUCGCCUUCGCCACCAUCGCCACCUGCGGGCCCGACACCCCCGUGCGCGCCUCCGCCCUCGUCGGCGUGGGCGCCUUCAUGGCCGGCUGGGGCGAGGGCACCGCCAUCACCAUCGUCACCCUGUGCGCGCCCGACCAGGCCCAGCUCGGCAGCGCCAGCGGCGUCGCCGGCAGCAUCCGCUUCCUCAUCAGCAGCAUCGCCGCCACCGUGUACAGCGUGGUGCUGUCGAACCGCCUGGCCGUCGAGGUCCCCGCCCAGGUGCCCGGCGCGCUGGUGGCCGCCGGCCUGCCCGAGGGCAGCGUGGCCGACUUUAUGGCGGCCCUCACGACCGGGUCGUUCGGGGGCGUCGCUGGGCUGACGGACUCGAUCCUGGCCACCGGCAUGCGGGCGUACCAGGUGGCCAGCAACGACGCGUACCGCACCGUUUUCCUGACCAACAUUGCCUUCUCGGUCGUGGCUAUCUUCUGCGCCGUGAUGAUGCCCGACAUGGACGUCCACAUGACUGACAAGGUUGCGACGACACUUCACCAGGGCAAGGACAAAGACAAGCUGCCAGGCCAGUAA